UUGGUUGACUAGAAGAUCCAGAGUUCUCUGUGAUCUAUUGCUUCAGUCUGGAAUGAGCUUCGCCUUGGCGGAAAUACUGACGUGUUCACAGCAGAGUAGCGCGAGCGGCGGACAGGCAGCCGAGAGUGACACAGCGGCAGCAUCCGGAUAGAAAAGAUAGAAUGUCAGAAGGAGACAGUUCUGCUGAAACCAUCCAUGGGAAACCAUCCGUCAUAGCAAGCUUCUUCACACGUCUUGGACAGAUCUACCAGUCAUGGUUGGACAAGUCGACUCCGUUCUCAGCAGUACGGUGGGCGGUCACGCUUAUCCUUACAGCAAUAUACAUGAUCAGAGUGUAUAUACUACAGGGGUGGUACAUAGUCACAUAUGCUCUUGGAAUCUACCAUCUCAAUCUGUUCAUUGCUUUUCUUUCGCCAAAAGUGGACCCAUCAUUGCUGGAUGACCCAGAUGAUGGUCCAUCACUUCCUACAAAGCAGAACGAGGAGUUCAGGCCGUUCAUCAGAAGGCUACCGGAGUUUAAAUUCUGGCAUUCUGCGACGAAAGGCAUCAUCGUCGCUAUGAUUUGCACGUUCUUUGAAGCAUUCAACGUGCCAGUUUUCUGGCCAAUCCUUGUCAUGUACUUCAUCAUGCUCUUCUGCAUCACCAUGAAGCGUCAGAUCAAGCAUAUGGUUAAAUAUAGGUACCUGCCCUUCACACAUGGGAAGAGGACAUACAGAGGCAAGGACGACACAGGGAAAGCUUUUGCUAGUUAAAAUCCCUCCUUUUCCCUUCAGUCUAAUUAAAGUUAUUGAUGAAGAAUGGUGCGUACAGGGGUUGAAGUUUUGUACGUUUUUUUUUUGUUUUUGUUUUUUUGGUUUGUGGGGAUGCAAAAAAAAAGAAAGAAAAAAAGUAGGCUUAUCGAAAAAGAGUUUUGAUCCAUGAUGACAGUGUUGGCUGAUUAUUGCUGCCUUUGAAUUGAAAACGCAUGAAGUUUUAAGUUCUUGCAAAGAUUCACACUAAAGUGUGACGAAUGCGUGCGGUGCCUAUUGUCUUGUGUACCCAGACUUGAGUUUGAUAGCGAGGAGGAAAACCCGAGCAUAUUCACACUGUGCUAUGAUGAUGCUAAUGCUAAAAAGUGAGCCCUCCAGCUUGGGCUUUUUCAUCAGCAUUCGCCUUUCGAGUAAUACUAGAAACCAUAGGAUCUGAUUUCAUUAAUCAUUAGGUGAUCAUUAUGUAGAAAUUAUAGAUCAUCAAAAAAAAAAAAAAAGGGUCAGAUCUUCAUCAGCCUCCAAAAAUCUGUCAUUAAAAACCUGAUUAUUCAUACGCAGUUGCACUGAAGUACUUUCUCUUAGCACUCUUCACUGAAAUAAACAACAGAUUCAGUAUUUAGAUGUAAAACAGCAAGAUGCUUCGAUGCUAGUGCCCAACAUAUUCACCACAUGUGAUCCGCCGCCUUUCUUGAAUGUGCAUUCUCUAGUUUUCUUUUUGUAUAUAUACUUUGUGCCUAGUAAAAUCAUUUCUAGCAGCUUGUAAUUUAUUAACUAGUUAUAUCUUAAAUCCCCCUGAUCAUUAAGUUGAACUGUAUUUUGAUGCUUCAGUAGAUCUUAGCUGUACAUUGUAAUAGUUAUAUCAUUCCAAACAAAACCUUUUUUCUCUCUCUCUUCUUUUUCAGAGGAAACAUAAGAGUCUUGAGGGCUUUAAAAUGUAAGAAAUGGAUGAAGAGAGUUGACAUUUAUUCUUUUAAUUUACAUUGUUCUGGACCCUAACUGCUAACAUAGAGAGAGGUUUUUUUCAGCACUGUAGGUGAGGAUCAAAACGUUUUUUCCUAUUAAUGUGCAUAAUGUUUUAUGGGGGUUUAUAUAUAAAUAUAUGUAUAUUUUAAAAGGUAAAUUGAGAUUAUUUUGAAUGUCCUUUUUUUUCUUCUUUCUUUAGACAUGUGAUUCCAGGUGUUAAUUUUGACAUUAAAUUAAAAUACAUAAAUUGAAUACUAGAUCUGUACAUUUCUCAUUAAAGGCAUUGCAUGUCUUUGGUUUACUUGUGUUACUGUUCAAAAGAAAAUGAUUUUAAUAACUACACUGUAAAUUUUUCACUCCAAAUGCUAUUAAAAGACAGUGUCCCUUCAA